CACAACUGCUGUAAUAUAGUGUUGUCUUCUCCAUCGCCAUGGCCAGUGGUGUUGCGCUGUUGCUCCUACUUCUCAUUGCCACUGUUAAAGGGUUUCCAAUCUCUUUAGAUGAUGUGGAACAUGUUGGUUGCUACAAUGAUGAAUUCGCUAAAAACAGUUUCUAUAAAAUUCACAUGCCGCUGAGUGUUAUCCAAAGUGUUAACUUUUGUAACCAUAGACUAUUAAAGUAUGUUGGAAUACAGACAAACCUAAGCUCAUUUAAUCCUGCUUAUGUGUCACCAUAUUGUGGAGACGACAUCCCAGAAAGAUCUACAAAAUCCAACAGCUGUCAUCCAUGUGUAGACAAUUCCACCAUGUUCUGUGGAGGAGAAAACUCAAUAUCAGUCUAUAAAAUAUCUGAGCUUGCGAGCUUUAUUGUGCUACUAGCCACUCAAACUGGGAUUAAGAUGAUCGCAGAUAAUAGCAAUACCCCGUUUAGCAUUGAAGGGAUCACAAAUGAUGUAAUAAGCGUCGAUUUCAAUUACAAGCUCAACAGUAUUAUUUUCUCUACAUACCGUACAAUAUCAAGGUUAAUCAUGUUCCUAAGAAAUGGCCAUCUUAGCUUUCUUGAACUUGGAACAAAUUCCUUGAGGAAUUUAAAUUUGAGUUUACCCUACAUAUAUAAAGUUCACAGAAUUUCUAUAAAUACGAGGCACAAAGCAUUGUAUGCGAUUGGAGAGGCAGACGCCUUAUUGUAUUAUCUAUUCAGUAUGAAUUACGACGGGUCUAAUAUGAAAAAGCUGUAUGAAGGCCCAGAGCUAAUUAAUCCUAGCGGGCUUGGAGUGGUGGACAACAAAGUUGUAUGGGCAGCCUACAAUGAUACUAACGACAUGAAUGUUUUGUAUAUGUGCUACUUAUCACCCAUCUGCCAGGCAAACAACAUAACAAUUAUCUACGAGUCUAACGAGGUAAUACGUGAUGUGAAGUUGUACAGUCCAGAAGUGCAGAUGCCCGACAAAGAGAUGCUCUGCUUGCAGCUCUUCUGCUCUCACAGUUGUAAGAUGACUACGCCCUUUAUUGCUACCUGUACUUGUCCUGACGACCUGGUGUUAGGCCCGGAUAAUACAACCUGCCUAGAAAAACCAAAACCGAAGAAGGAUCCUCAAGACAUUGGCUGCUACACGAUUUCGUACUCUGAGAGUCGACUGUACAAGGUGCAUCACCCUCUGUCUUGGGAAGAAUGUAUAAACUUGUGCAACAGAAGGAGUUCCGUAUACGCAGGGAUACAAGCAGAACAAGGGUAUCCCACAUACAAUUUUGUGUUCUGUGGCAACGACAUUAAACAACACUCGACAACUGCUAACAGUUCUCUCUGUCUACCUUGUAUGGAUGACAAGACCCGACUCUGCGGGGGACAAAACACGCUUUCUCUUUACCAGCUUAGAGAAUCAAAUCCCUUAGUGCUUUAUUUAGCAACUGAAAGUGGACUGAAGAUAUUUUCGACUGAAUCUUUAUCUACAGAAGCUUUAACGGGUUCGUCGUCACCUACCACAGCUGUAGGUUUUUCCUAUUGGGAAGACGAUAUCUUUUCCUUAUCUCAUCUAGGUAUUUCAAGGUUAUACUACAGCCCUUUCUCGGACAUGUACAUUGAGUCAACUCUUGUAUUCGAAUGUGAUUCCUCCAUGGCUAUAGAUUGGAUAAACAAGUACAUCUAUUGCAGGAGACGAGGCAAUUCAUAUUUUUAUGAAAUUGAUUGGACUCGUCAAAAACCACCCAGACAAUUAAUGUCAUUCUAUAACAAUUUACAGGACAUGGAAGUGGAUCCUUUUGCAAGACAGCUCUUUUUUGUGGAGAAUGGACAACUGAGCCGUCUCUCGAUUUAUGAGAAUUCUCGUAUUAAAUAUGAUUACGAAAAACUGCAUUUGAAAAAGGUGCUGAAAAUUGCUCUUGACGUAGAACUCAAGUUUGUUUACCUGAUAGGGAUUGAAAAUGAUGAAAAUCACUGUUUGAUCAAAACCGACUACGAGUUCAAACAGAUGAGAGUGUUAUAUAGCGGAGAUCAUGUCACUGACCCGAUUUCUGUGGAUGUCCUAAAGCGAGAUGUGAUUUGGGGAGUAAAAUCCGAUGAUGGCUUCUUCGUCUACAGAUGCGAGCUUACUCCGAGAUGUCUGAAAGACAAUAUACAGCGUCUCUAUCGGUCCAGCGAGGCCAUCCAUGACAUUAAAAUAUACCACCCAGAUAAGCAGCCUCACAAUGCUAUGUACCUCUGCUCAAGACUCCAGUGUUCACACAACUGUUCUGUAACUCAGGAUCAGGUCAGCUGUACUUGUCCAGAUGGGAUGUCGCUGUCUUCCGAUAACGUCACUUGCCAAGACAUUACAUCUACAACCAACCCAACAUCUGUGGAGCAGUCGGAGACUUCCAAGGUUACAGCAUCUUUCCCACACUUCCUGAUGUCGACUCCUUCCGCCGCAGUUGUGCACCAAGAACUUCCUCAGGAAUACACCAAAGCUACUCCACCGUCUAACGUCGACACAAGCAAUGAGACCAGCGAUAGACUGCCUGUCAUUGUAACGUGUGUGGUAGGAAUCUUGGCGGUAGUUGGUUUGCUGUUGUUUGUUGUGUGGAGAACUAAACACGAAUUAAUCCCGAACUUAGGGAAUAGCUACGCACAGAAUUCACAGCUGGAACUGACUCACUCGAAUGUAGCAGCAUUUGACAAUGUUUCUAAUUAAUAGGUUAAAAGUUAUUGUAAACUGAAGUCAUCGACAAUAAUAGUAUUGUUCAGAAAUA